UGCUGCGCCGACGCAAUGACGCAACAAGACAGUGUUCCUGAGGGCGUCGAGGAGGGAGGAGCACCACGCCGCCGCACCGCCCGCACCACCACCACCAUGUCCGAAGGCAAGGAGAGCGCGAGUCCCCUGAAGGUGUACACGCUGGAGGAGGUGGCCAAGCACAAGACGCCGGAAUCCUGCUGGUUUGUGAUCCACGACAAGGUGUACGACGUGGCCAAGUUCCUGGACGAGCACCCAGGCGGGGAGGAGGUGCUACUGGAGCAGGCGGGGAAAGACGGCACGGAGAACUUUGAGGAUGUCGGCCACUCCACUGAUGCUCGGGAGAUGAUGGCGGAGUACUGCAUUGGGGAACUGUGCGAGGAGGAUAAGAAACACACCAAGGACAAGGGACCCAAGGCAUGGACAUCAGAUAACGACUCAAACCAAAGUGUGUGGCGGGGUUGGCUGCUGCCCGUGGGAAUCGCCUGCCUUGCCUCCCUCCUCUACAGGAUGUACGCCCUCCCCAACACAAGCUAAUGGUCACCCCACCCUUGCCUUACGCCCUAACACCUAUGUCAACUCUCCUCCUCAUCUCUCGGUUACUCGGUUUCUCUUCCUCCCUCCCUCACUUACUCCCUUAUAUUGCUUUCUUCUUUUUGUAAUAAACUGUUAAUGUUCAUCCUUAUCUUUGCCGUAUGGCCUGACACCUAUGUUGGGUCUUCUCCUUAUCCUCUCGUCUAUUCUAUCUCUCCCUCCCUUUCUUCUAUACUGCGUUCUUGUUAUCUCCUUCACUAGUUAAUGUUUAUCCUUAUCCUAACUCUCCUUCUCACUGUUGCCAGAUUAUUGUACUCAGAGCAUAGGUUUCUGUCGCCUAACUAUUGCCAAGAAACAUCAGGAUCUAACUCUUUUAACGAUAACUAUAAGUGGGUUUCGUUAUUGGAGCCCAGAAUACAGUUUAGGAAGUCAGGAAAUAUAAGCGGCCGAGUACGACAGUCUGGCAACGUUGGUUCUUCUUGUUACUCUCUCACUCCUUUCCAUAUUGCUAUUUUGCUAUGCCCAAUAUUGUCUGCAUUCCUCGAUCUUAACCUGAUUCGUCUCUUAUAGUAAAAGAGUUAAGGUUUAUCCCAAUUCUUGCCUUAUGAUGUUAUACGAUUGUUGGUUCUCCUUCUCCUUCUCUUCCUUCUCCGCACUCCCUGACUCCCAUAAUGGUUCAGGCGAUCUUGUUCUUGGGUAAUUUUCUUCCUUUCCUUCUUUCUCCUUCUCUUAAAUUCUUGCUUGUUCUCCUCCUCCUCUUCCUCUCUGUUCCUCUUUUUUUCUCUUCCUCCUCCUCCUAUGUUCUUGCUGGUUCUCUUCCUCUUUGUUCCUCUUUCUUUCUCCUUCUUUUAUGUUCUUGCUUGUUCUUCCCCACCUCCUCUCUGUUCCUCCCUCCUUCCCUCCCUCAUUUCCUUGUUGGUUCAGCUCAUCAAGUUCUUGGGUAACUUUCUUCCUUUCUCUCCUUCUCUUAUGUUCUAGCUUGUUCUUCCCCUCCUCCUCCUCUCUGUUCCUCCUUCCUUCCCUCCCCCAUUUUCUCUUAGUUAUUGGGUAGUUAGUUAUGUUACGUUGUUUCUUCCUCCUCCUCUUCCUCCUCCUCCUCCUGUUCCUCCUUCUCCUCAGCUACUCUCUUACUUCCUCUCCUCAAUCUCCUAGUUCUGAGUUGACCAUUCCUCUUCCUCCUCCUCCUUCUUCUUCCAUAAUCCCAUCGUCCACCCCCCUAUCCCCACCCCCUAAAUCUUCCACCACCACCACCACCACCGCCGCCGCAAGCACCACCACCACCAGGGGCCACAUCGCUGACUUCCUCUUCCUCCUCGUGUGACCUUAUGUGACCUCAAGAUGACCUGGGAUGGGAAUAGAAGAAAGUGUGAUGAGUGAGUGUGUUAGUUUGUGAUUGUGUGUGAGUGUGUGUUUAUAUUCUUGCCUUUGUUAAGUUGUUCAGAUCGGUGCAGCUCAUUGUAAGUUUUGUUUUUUAUCAUAUUAUUAAAGUGUUGUAUUGCUUAUUGGGUUUAUUUUAUUAUGUUUACUCUUGAGGCGUUAAUAUGUGAGUGCAUAGUAAUAAGAUAAGGGAGAGAUUGUAAUUAAAAUAGUCCUUGUAAUAAUUUAGCGACAGUAGAGUAGAGAGAGAGGGAGAGAGAAUUAAGUUAAUGUCAAAAUCAAAAUGAGUAAAAAAAGGGAGAGAAGGAGGAGAGAGAGAGAGGAGGAAAGUAGAAUAAUGAAGACCAAAGGAAUGAAUGAAGGAAAGAAGGGAGAAGAGAAUAAUAAGGAGGAGAGAGUGAGGAAAGAAGAAUGAAGACUAAAGAAAUGAAUGAAGGAAAGAAGGGAGGAGAAGAGAGUAAUAUUUUUUGUGAGGAGAAAAGUAGAAUAGAGUAAAUGGAGAGAGAGAGUGAAGGAAGGGAGAAAGGGAGAAGAGAGGAACGGAGAAUAAUAUUUUUUUGUAUCGUUUGCAUGUAAGGUUAUGAGUGUUGGUAAGUGUGUUAUGAUGAUAUACUAUUCUUAUACAACCAUUACUACUACUACUACUACUACUACUACUACUACUACUACUACUACUACUACUACUACUACUAUUUUUACUACUACUACUACUAUUGCAGCUGCUACUCUUCUCGCAUAAAAGCGGUCAUCUUCAUACUGGGUUAUUGUAAUGUAAUGUAAUGUAAACUAAGAGUAUUAUAAAUAUAUACAUAAUACAAAGAUGAAAUAUAUGUAUGAGAAUGUG